CUUCUCUAAAGAAAAUUAGGGCUUUUUAUUCUCAUAUGUGCAACUCAACUAAACCUCUGAUUGCAUCCAAAAUAUAAUUCCUGAAACCAGAAAUUAGCAAUGGAUUACUCAUUUUUUCAAUUUGGCGAUCAGAACAACAGUGAUUUGAAACUACAGAUAAUCUGCUCAGAUGGACAUCCAUACGGUGUAAUCCUCUUUGUCUGCAUUCCCAAGUUUUGAAGGAAUCAAGUUAUUUUGAAGCCAGUCUUUCUGAACGCUGCUCUACAGACAGUUCUUCUUCUGAAAUCACUUUAAACAUUCCUCCAGAUGGCUCUAUUGGAAAUUACAUCGACUGUAUUCGUCUCAUGUAUUCAUUUCACUGCCAAAGGCAGCUUUCUUUCACCAAUGUAGAUGACGCCCUACGCAUUUUACCCAUAGCUUGUGAAUUACUGUUUAAAGAGGGAAUUCAAGCGUGCAUGGAAUAUUUGGAAGCAGUUUGUUGGACUCCUGAACAAAAGCUCAGAAUCCAAGCUCUUCUAUCAUCUUUGCAGGUAAAUAUUUCCACUGAUUUAGCGGAAAGACUUAAAAUAUCUAAAUCCGUUUUUGAUGAAAAACUAGAGCUCUUAAAAAAGAUAGUACCCCAAAUGCUUUCUGAAAUUCUUAACAAGCCCUUUGUUCCGAACGGCGUGCCUCUGCGACAUAUGCAAGAAACAGUGGAGAAACAGAUAGUUGCAUACUUUGAGGAAGAUAUCCAUCCGGCCAUUCAAAACAUAUGCAGUGAUGCUCUUUUGAACGAAUUUAGGAGGAGAAUUGAGGGUAUUAAACGUGGUUCCUCUAUCAAAAGGGAUUCUGCUUGUGAAUCUCUUCUGUGGUUGUUGGACUUGAUUAAGCUCUGUAAAAGGGAUGUAUUUGAAGCUGCAUUCACAAUUUUUGUUGAAGAUAAAGGCAUUGUCCACACAUUAGCAAAACCCUCCAAUUUUUGGCUACUUUAUAUUAGUAAGACAUAUCGGUAUAGCUCUUUUGAAAAACUAAAUCAUGAUCAGAGCUUUUCUGAUUCAGACAGGUCAUGUUCGAGCCGUGUGCUAGAAAUUUUAGUCCAUAGGUUUCUGGACGCUCUGGCAAAUGGAGAUUUAAUUAUUCCCAAACUGAAACGUGUUUCUUUUCUGAUAAACUGGGUGCCAGUUAUAGCACAUCUUAUUUGUAGGUAUGCCUGUGAACACAAUGCGCGUGAACUUAUUGAUUGUAGUCCCGUUCGGGGUUUGAAAUUCUCCGAGAGAUUUGAAGGAGGAGUGACUAAAAUAUUAGCAAGCCUUCCUCUCCGUGAUCAAAGCAAGAUUCUAGACUCUUUUUCUGAUACAGCUACGAAAUUUCAAACUUGGGAGGGGGGAAUCUUCCGUUGGUGGAUUAAUGCGAUAUGGAUGGCAGUCAUGGCUGCUAAUGGCAACCACCUUCAGAUAGAGUAGCGAGUUUUACUGGCAUUUCAGUUUCCAAUAUGCAUAAGAUCAAGUUGGUAUUUGAUUAAUAGAGAGAUUGUCAUAGAAAGAGUUGCUGAUUAAGGUCUUAUGAGUUGUGAAUUGGGAGAAAACUGAAGAAAUUUCCCAUUCCCCUGCCAUUUUCUAAUUCACUGGGGGUUUUGAUGUAUAUGCUGAAUAUUGUAAGAUGAGUUUUUCCUGUUUUCAGUAGUUUUGUCUCACCGUAUGUUUUCCCAUUACAAACAAAUGUGAAUAACUAUGAUGUUAUCUUAGGCAAUUGUCUAGCAGCUCAAGCUUAUCAUGCAGAUAUUGAUCACUGCGGUUGUAAAGAUAAAAGAAAAAUUUGACUUAGGUGAUCCGUGUAUUAAAGAUGAGAUAUACUCAUACUUAACUCUCAUGACGCGCAAAAGGCACUUCAUGCAAGUACAACAUGCCUGUCCUACCCUUGGAUGUAUGUUCCCCGGUCUUUGCUCUCUUAUCUACUUUUUAAUAAUUUUGCUGUUAUUGUCUCUGCUGAUUGAAGAUGCAAAAACCAAUCCAGUUGACACCACUGUCCUUGAUGCACUUCAAAGAGCUAAAAAAUGCACAAAUAGAUGAUAGGCAACAUGAAUAUAUUCUCAAUCAUCUUAUUUCAAAGCUUACGGUUUCCAUUUUAAUUCCCAGUCCUCUGUUUUUUCCAUUUGCUAUACAUAUAUACUUAAGUUUCAAACCUAGACUAGAUAUUGCUGAAAUGCCAAUUACAAAUUUAUCAUCAGUACUGUUAUGAGGCCAGAAAUCAAACGGCAAAGAUGGUUGAAAUC